GACGGACUUAGCACCCCAUGUUCGACCCACUCGUCCAACAAAUUGUUGCUCAGAUGAAUCCUGUUCAAUUCAGCAUGUUGGCCAUCCUGAGGCGGAUUGCGAGGCUCAGAUACCAACGCCAACAGUGGAUUCCAUCCUUUCGCGUAGUAGCACUUCGACGAAGAUCGCAACAACAGAAGGUAGGUCUUGCUCGAGGUCUCUGAGAUUCCGUAAGAGACUCGGACGCAGGAAGGUAUAUAAACCUCUUCGAAGUCCAGCGAAAAGGAAAUCAUCAAGCGACUCAGCAACCAAACAACCAAAGCAUCCAAAGCCACUCAGCUCUUCAAACACCCUUCACAAACACUACUUCAUCCACCCUACAAUUUACCAAAACAUCCUCAAUACUUCAUUCAAGAUGCAAUUCUCUACCAUCAUCAUCGCUAUCACCAUGGCUCUUGCCUCCUCCGCCGAAGCCAAGAAGGGUCUUCACGGCAAAGGUUUCACCGGCGACGGUGUCCUCCAGGCUGGCGCUCAAUUCGCCGGUGGUGUCGUUGGCGGUCUCAUCGGUCGUCGCGGCAUUCACGAGCGCCGCGCAAUUGACCCUCUCGAUUCUGUUCCUCAGUACAACUACGACAUGUGCCGCGAAUCUCUCAACGGCGCCACUCUCACUUUCACCCCUGCUGGACCUGGCGGCUUCCAGGUCGCUGGUGUUCCUUCUACUUGCAUGGUCCUCGCUACCACCUUGACUGGUAGCUUCAAUGCUGGUUACCCCAUUCCUCUUGGUGCCGACUCUCUCAAGUUCAGUGGCCUCACUGAUGAGGAGUUGAAGGAGCUCCAGUCUUACUUCCACUAGAUGGACAGUGUCAUCCGCUCGACUUCAAUUGCCACUAAGACCCUGAUUGUGUGGUAUAUGGCCUGAUCUGAAGGACAGGCCGAUAGUGAUAGUGACGGACUCUGGUGUUUUCUUAUUCUCUCUGCUUUGGUCUCAGUUUCUUGUUCUGUUUGCUCUUUCCUUGUUUGUAUCUCGCUCG